GCUUUUGUCGAUGCUGGCGACAUGUAACGCUGUUUUUGCGAACGACGCUGUCUUCUGCUGGUAGAAGCGUGCUCGCUCCGGCAUCUCUCGUCCAUUGGUGGCAAAUUCAGGCGCCAUGGAGGACUUCCACUGGCUGUGGAAGUUCGGCCCUGGUUUCACCGUUUCGGGCGACAAUGUCAUCGUGCUUCACGAACCAAGCCAAUUUUACGAGGAGCUCAAGAAGCUGACAGCAUCUGCCAGCAAGCGCAUCGUCUUGGCUUCUCUCUACCUUGGAAACGGGGAACUUGAGAAGGACUUGGUUUCCGAACUGCACGCGGCAGCCAAACGAAAUGUGCAGAUCCGGGUGUUGCUGGACUACACCAGGGGUUCGCGGGGUGAGAUUAAUUCACGUACGCUUUUGACACCCCUGUUGAAAGAAUUUGGUGCUCCAACUGGUGGUCAUGGUGAUCAUGCAGAGUCCUUGAGCCAAGUUCAGGUGGCACUGUACCACAGUCCACGGCUUCGCGGCCUCAUACGCUGGCUACUGCCGGCACGAUGGAACGAGACUGUCGGAUUGAGCCAUCUCAAGGUCUACCUGUUUGAUGACACCCUCAUCCUGAGUGGGGCCAAUCUGAGUGACCAAUACUUCCGGAAUCGACAGGACCGUUACGUCGUCUUUAGGAACUGUCCACACCUCUCCGAUUAUUUCUCUCGCAUCGUCCAGACCAUUUCCUCGUUUUCGCUGCAGCUCCAAGGAGACGACUCUGUUUCCGUUCAUCCGAGCUUCAACAUACAUCCUUUCCAAGACAGCUAUCAAGAAUUUGUGUCGACUGCAAACCAACGCCUCUCUGAACUCAUCAAGCCAAACAGAGACACGCCCCCGCAACCUUGUCCACGUGAUGCUUCAACCGAUACGUGGGUCUUUCCGUUACUCCAGAUGGCACCGCUAGACAUCACUCAGGACCAAGAAGUCACCGAGCGAUUACUCGCUCAUGCUCCAGCACGAUCGACACUGAGGCUCGCGACGGGAUACUUCAACCUCACCGAGCGCUACUCCAACAUUAUCCUCCACAACCAGAGUUCACGUUUUGACCUCCUCGUUGCAUCACCCAAGGUGAAUGGUUUCUAUGGUGCGGAAGGUAUGAGCGGUGUAAUCCCAACUGUGUACACCCUUCUGCUGCGCCAGUUCUUCCAGCGUGUCGGGCCGUCCCACACUCACGUUCAGGUGGGGGAGUACGAGCGACCCCAGUGGACGUUCCACGGCAAGGGCCUGUGGCUCUGGAGGGACGGCCAUCCCUGGCCAUGCCUCUCUCUCAUUGGAUCACCAAACUUUGGUUUUCGGUCAGUCUACCAAGAUCUUGAAGCGCAGGUUGCCAUUGUCACAACAAAUGAGAAGCUUCAAAGACAGCUGGCUCAAGAGCAGCAGAGGCUAUACGACCUUGCAGCACCCGUCUCCCUCGCCACAUUUCAAAACCCGAGCCGUCACGUGCCUUUCUGGGUCCGGUUUCUGAUGCCACUGCUCCGGCCGCUCUUCUGAUCAUCGACAUUUCUCCAUCACUCACAGGAAUCGAGUGUUCUCAACAGCAUCACAUCUAUAGGUUAAUAAACUAAUUGAAUAAAAUUAACAUCUUUAAUAACUUGUUUUUGGAGUGUUACAAUGUUUCAGCAAUGAAUACGACAUGACCAUGAUAUGUGUGUCACAGUCACAAGGGUCAGUCAGUUACAGGUUUAAUUUUCUGCAGUUAAGAAUGCAGGCUUUCUGGAUUAUUUAUGUGCUCGGUGCAGUCUAUUUCUGGUAUUUUACAGACAUCAUCAUUGUUUUGCAUCUCGGACAGAUGUUUUGAUGUGUGGCUUCUGUUACAUUGAAUAUUUUAAGUGCUUUCUAAAGAGCAUGCACACCGGUUUGGCUGCUUGGUUAAAAUAAUAAUGUUAACCAAAUUUUCAUUACCCGAAAAAAAAUUGUGCCCCUCCAGGUGGCAGUUGCCAGCUUACUCUCUUCCUUUGUGUCCUUGUGGAUGCAAAUCAGAUAAUAAUAAUGUCAUUGAAAUUGGCGAAAUUCAGCUCUAAAAUGCUUAUUUGCAGUAACUUUAGGUCCGGAAUAAAAGCACAUUGCUCUGGCUUUUUUUUUUUUAAUAAGGAAACAGAUAGUUGAUUUCCACUGGACUUGCUACCCUAUGCUGGUUGACAUAAAACUCUUACAUGAGUGGCCUAGUUUUAAUAAUUUUUGUCUUUUUUUGUCUGCAACAUCUCUUUUUAUUUUAUUUAUUUUUUAUUUUAUUUUUACCCCCAAGGUACAAGAUACAGUACAGAGGGGAGGGGCUAUCAUAUAUGCAUAUAUAAUAGGCAAAAAAGUAAUAUUGAACUUGACAAGGGUUACACAACAUAUAACUUAAAAAGCACGUAAGUACAAUAAUAGACACAGUAAUUAUACAAAGUGACUCGCAGUAGUGCAAAAAAGAGAAAACUUGACAAAAGCUAAUAGUAUGUAUUUAAUUAGUUAACAAGGAGUUUUUAAAAUGUAUGGGGUCUUGAAUGUUUGUCAUAAAGCCGAGAAGCUGGUUGCGUUCCCUAGAAGUCUUGGGUGAAAAUGACAAUGAAUAGGCAGUAGUGUUACUCUUGGGCACCUGAACCUUUUGACGAUGGUCGAGAAGCACUGAUAUGAAAAAUGGCGCAUAUAUCAACAGUGAAGAUAUGUGUAGGCUAUGAUUGUAAAUUUUAUGAUAAAAACAUAGACGAGAGUGUUUCCAGCAGACAGCAAGUAAAGGAAACCGUAAUUAUGCUUUCGUGGUGGUUUUGCUAGAUGUUCUAUGGUAAUUAGAUAAGGUGAAAUGGGCAGUGCAGUUUCGUAUUGCCUCUAUGCGUUGGGUUAAUCUAAUAAAUGUAAGUCCCACAACGCUGACACAUACUCAAGCUGUGGGCAGAUGUAUGUGGUGUAUAAAAGUUGUUUGGAACCGAAUGGUAAUGCGUGGAAGUUUCUGCGAAGGUAACCUAGAGUACGGUUUGCUUUAGUUGUGAUAUGUUCAAUGUGUUUAUGCCAAGAUAAGUUGUUGGUUAUAUGUAUACCCAAGUACUUGUAUGAUGUCACUGAUUCUAAUGGUUUGUUAUUUAUGAGAUAGGCAGGAUUCCUCAUGAUACUACUUGUUUAUGUAAGAGUAGGCAGUGGUUUACUUUGUCAAAUGCCUUAUCAAAAUCAAGAAACACACUGUCAAUAAGAAAGCCAUAGUCAACAUUAUAAUGCAAAUUGUUAGUGAACAGUAAAAGUUGAGUAUCAAAUGAAAUUUUUUUAUGAAAGCCAUGCUGAAAUGAAGUAAAAAAACUGUAUCCUCAAGAAAA